AGCUGACUGAUGUGAGGCCAUUGUGUCAGGCGAACAUGGACGAAGAAGACACAAAGUUCGAGCUGCUGGAAAUUGAGAACUUAGUCGAGAGCGAUGACUUCACUAUAUUCAAUCAGGAGGAUCUUCCUGUGGGAGGUUUCCAGGUCAUGGAGGAGAUCAGAAGGAAGGGGAAACUGUGUGACGUGACGCUGAAGGUGGAGGACCAGUGCUUCAGUGUGCAUCGCAUAGUUUUAGCAGCAGUGAUUCCCUACUUCAACGCCAUGUUCACUCACGACAUGGCAGAGAGCAAACAAAAGGAGAUCACAAUGCAAGGAAUCGAGCCAAGUGCUCUGGAGUCCCUGAUCAACUUUGCCUACUCGGGUAAGGUCAAGAUUGAUGGUGCUAAUGUCCAGAGUCUUCUGGUGGGUGCAUCCUUCCUCCAGCUUUCUAAGGUCCGAGAAGCAUGUGCAGAUUUCCUUAAACUAAGAUUACACCCACACAAUGUCCUUGGCAUUCGUGCCUUUGCUGACACCCUUGCCUGCUGGUCACUAGUUGAGGCCAGUAACCGCUAUCUGCAGAAGCACUUCGUAGACGUGUCAGUAUCAGAGGAGUUCCUGAAUCUCAACUUUUCUGAUGUUAGAGAAAUCAUCUCCAGGGACGAGUUGAAUGCACCUAGUGAGGAGUGUGUCUUUGAGGCUAUAAUGUCUUGGGUAAAGCGAGACCUCGACCAGCGGACCGACAACCUGCCUGAGCUGCUCACGAAGGUACGAAUGCCUCUCCUCACCCCCCAGUACCUGACUGACUGUGUGGGCACCGAGAACCUGAUACGGUCAUCCCAUGAGUGCAGAGAUCUCCUGGACGAAGCAAAAGACUACCACCUGAUGCCGGAACGCCGUCCACUCCUUCAAAGCUUCAGAACAAGACCUAGAUGCUGUAAUGAUAUUGUAGGCCUUAUUUAUGCGGUCGGUGGCCUUACUAAAUCAGGGGACUCGCUGAGCACGGUGGAGGUGUACGACCCCAUCGUUGGUCGUUGGCAGAUGGCGGAGAGUAUGUCGAUGCUGCGGUCGAGAGUGGGCGUGGUGGUGAUGAAGAAGAAGCUCUAUGCCAUCGGGGGUUACAAUGGCCUCGACAGACUGGCGACCGUGGAGGUGUUUGACCCGGCGAGCAAGUGUUGGAGUAAAGUGUGUCCCAUGAACUGCAAGAGGAGCGCUGUGGGAGCUGCCGUCCUCAACGAUCACCUGUACGUGUGUGGCGGCUACGACGGCGUGGCUUCUCUCAACACCGUCGAGUGCUACAACAGCGACACCAACAAGUGGGUGAUGGUGACGUCGAUGACGAAGCACCGAAGCGCCGCCGGGGUGGUGGCGUUCGACGGCCACGUGUAUGCCAUCGGCGGCCAUGACGGGCUCUCCAUCUUCGAUUCGGUGGAGCGCUACGACCCCACGACCGGCCAGUGGACCCCCGUGACCCCGAUGCUGAGCAAGCGGUGCCGCCUGGGAGCCGCCACGCUCAACGGGAAGCUCUACGUGUGCGGAGGGUAUGACGGGUCGACCUUCCUCAGGACCGUCGAGGUUUAUGACCCCAUCACCAGCAAGUGGUCGUUCAUCGCGUCCAUGAGCGUGACGCGGAGCCGCGUGGCGCUCGUGGCCAACAUGGGCCGCCUCUACGCCAUCGGCGGCUACGACGGCGUGUCCAACCUGUCCACAGUGGAGGUCUACAACCCGGAGCUCGACCUGUGGGAGUUCAUCACUUCGAUGUGCGCGCACGAGGGCGGAGUGGGCGUGGGAGUCAUCCCCCUGCCCUGAGCGCGCGCGUGCAUGCGUGCGUGCGCGACGCAGGGAAGGGCCCUGGGUCGAGCCGCCACGCCCCCGCGCCUCGGAACGCCCCUCGAGAUGCUCGCUCUCGACCUCGACGACAAUCGGCCAUGCUGUGGCUCCUUCG